CGUGUGAUAAUGCACACUCAAUAGUAUAUAUUCUCUAUAUUACGCGUUUCUUUUCGCCACAUAUUGUACAGCGUCGCGACACACGACCGAUGACUUUACGAACAGUCGAUUCGAUUGAGUCAUACUUUCAACCCCUAAUUCUACGAAGACAUACACAUAAGCAGACGCCAUGUACUUGUCGACAAAACGUUAUCAGCGAAAUGCGUGCCGGAUAAACGUGUAUUUUAAACAUAAAUAAUUCAUUAUUUGAAAUUGUCUUCAAUUACUUUGGAAAUAAUUUCUAUUUCUCGAAAUAUGUAAAAAUAAUUUGAAAGCCUUAAUCUCUUCGAAAGAUAUAAUUUAAAAGUAUUAUCUCUUUAUGUGCGCACAUACAAAACGUACUCUCACGAUAUAAAAGUCCAAGUAACACAUUUUCAUUAUCUUUUUCCUAAUUAAACAGAAGUUAAUAGUUUUUUUUUUUAUCGAGAUGUUAUCCUUUAAUGUUCGUUGUACAAUUCUACAACCAAAAUAUGGUGUAGACGAUUAGAUCAGCUUUUAUACGCUUCUUAUCUUUAUACUCAAAACAAACGAUAAUAAUCUAUGAAAGGAAACAAAAUAACUCACCGAGUUAAGUAAUAGUAAAGCAAUCAGAAAAACAAUCUGUGAAAAAUUUAAUCUCUCAGUCUCUACAUUGGCUCUUGAUAACAAGGUUCAGAUCUCUCUGAUGUUCAAACUCUGAUGUUCUUAUGCUAUUUAACGAAUUUCGACGCGUUGCAAGAAUCUCUCAAUAAUGAAUCAAUAUACAUAUAAAGAGUAGAACACAAAGAGAGAGAAAGAAGAGUUAACUUAUGAAUGUUUGUCGAUUGGAUCAAACGGAGAACAAUCACUGGAGCAACAUGCACGUCGGCUGUAUGCUCGGAGCAAAUACCGAUGAUUCUUCUUUCUUACUCGACGCCGGCUAUUUUCGACCGACGACUAUUUUCGAGGGGAACUCGUCACGCGGUUUCGCCGCGGUUUUAGUGCGAGUUUGCGCCAGAUGGCCAACGCAACGUCGCCGUCGUCGUCGUUGUCGAGUAACGUCGUGCCGGCAAGUAGGCCGGUCCACCGAAAGCUGAGACUUCCUCGUCGCUGAUUCUCCAAGAAGAAAAAGUUUGGGACUGAAGACAACGCUACGGGGUUUUAAAUUUUUCCCACAUUUGAACGCAUUAUUUCGACGGUAGUAUCGAUAUCAAGAUCUUCGGUCUAAGUCGAACAAGUUUCAGCUGUUCUUUUGCAUUCAAACAGUGCAAAAGUAACGAAUUUCCUCUCCCCUGCGGGGAAAAACUUAAAACCUCACUUACGAAAAGUAUUGUGAAUCGAAUGUCGAUCCCGAUUUCGAAAAGUUUGGCGACACAGCCUGUGACCCAGAAUUGUUUAACCUGGAUUUAGAAAUACAUGUGCGUUGCAGUUGGCAAGAUGUGUCUGUGAGACGCGGCGCAAAGUGUAGGUGUUCGGGAUAAACCAUUUGCGUUUUCACGCACGCCGUCAAUCUGGAUCCUGGAAAUUGGGCCGGGCUUGGCAACGGCGGCGGUUUGGUCACCGAUGAUCGACCGUCGUCGUCUUAUCAGGCAGCAGCAAGUCAGAAUCUGGACUUUCUGAUGUCCGGAAGCGUCCCCUGGUGGCCGCGUCACGACUGGGACGCGUGGUUGCAGCGCAACGUUACCGAGACUACCAAGGAGUUCAACGUAAAACUUGACGUCACGCCCGAAACUAACAAUACAUCGACUUCCGAGGUAGCAACAAUGCAGCGAGAUCUUCGUGUAGCACCGUUUUGAUCUUAAUUCCUCAUUCGAGUGCGCAUUGUCCACCCUCAGUGUAUUUUUUUUUUUUGUGCAUUUGGUAGCUACAAAUCUACCCCCUUCCUCGAAGAUAAAAACCUGAAAAGAGGUUUCGCUUCAUAAUUUUCCUUGAACGGUUUAAUUGUUUUUCUUCACUUUUGUAAUAUUAAAAAUUGUAGCUUUAUCGUUCAAGUAACAGUUUUAUUUUUUUUUUUUAGGUUUGUGAGGCUAAAAUAAAAUAUAUAAAAAAAAACCAGAUUUAUCCCUCUCAGAAAAGAGGUUAACACGUAGAACAAACGCGUUCAUUUCUGUUGGCUAUUCGCCAUGCAGCAACAGCGGUGACAUAGCGCGAGCUUGUCGAGUCGGUUAAGCCAGCCAGGACUUUAACAUUUAAACGCAGCGCGCCGCUGAUGACGCUGAGUUCUUCUGUACGCAUGGCGAUCAUGGCGCACGCGUUUCAAGCUUACUCUGGUUUAUAUUUGGCAUUGCCCGUUCUCGAAGAUGACGACGACGCAACUUAGAGAACGAGAAGCGAAAUGUUCCAGCGUGUUUUGGCGCCCGUUACUUAUUCUCUUCCCUUCCCGUUUUUUUAACUCAUCAGCGAGACCUAACCUUGGUCAAUAUUUUUCCGCGGCAAGGGAGCGGAAGAAACACGCGUAACUUUCGGCAAUUACCUAAUCUGGCGCUUCCGCCGUCUGCAAAACACAAUCUUCCAAUGAUGAUUUGUCGAUCGGAACUUUCUGAUCUUGAUUCUUUGCGAUUAAUGACAAUAUAUUCGCUCUUACCUUCGAGAUCACUCGUGUAACAACAAAUUUUUCAACUUCAAGUUCAAUACUUGUUUAUAAAAAAAAAAAAAGAAAAAAACGCGCCCACACGCGCGUAUUUUAAUUUUUAAAUAUAGUCCGAUUUCUAAGUUUGAGCCAAAUUAAUCGGUCACUUCGCCAAAAAAUAUUUUUGAGAUGAUUCUGAAAUUGAUGUGGGCGAGUAGUCCCGCGCGCACGAACUACGUCGCUAUUUUGUAGAAACGGCGUAUAUUUAUAUCGACAACUCGUACUUAAAAUCCACGACAGGGCGAUAUCUUCGACCUCGCAACCUUGAAAGACAACUUCAUGUUCUUAUUAAUAGUACACCGGAAGUCCGAUCAAAAACUUAUCUGCUAUAAUCCAUUUGAUCGAGAGAUCUCUCUGAUUUCGCGUCUGAGAAUGAGUUUUCUUCGGAGAAAAUUUCUGGAAACUUGAUUUCAUCGUGUUUUUUUUUUCUUUUGUCACUUGGAGGAAAAUCUUUCUGUCGUUUCAUCUUAUGCUCAAGUGUCAAUUUUCUCUCUCAUAAACUUCUUUAUGUUCUUCCACAAGAGAGAUCUUUUGUGUUAUUUUUACCCACAUGCAAAGAGUGGGUGAUGAUCUCGCAUCUGUUUGUAGUCUAAAUAUUGUCAUUUGGUAAAAAGACAACAACUUGUGACUAUUAUGCGAUCAAUAUUGGGCCACGCGGAGGACUUGCUCUACAUCGAACUGGCAUCGUUGCCGUUUCGUAAUUUUCUAUGUGUGUCAAGGUACGGAAAGCGCGAACGACGCGGUCCGCGUGAAAACACGCUCGGCGACACGAGGCAGCUCUCUCGAGAUGCGUUUUCUCGUGACGCGUGCAUCUCGUAAAAGCGAUUAUUGCCACCGGGCUUACAUGGGAGCAACCAGGAAGCACGAAGUUGAGCCAGACUCGAGAUCCGCACGGAGCGUCGUGCACGGAACUUCGACGCGUUCCGAAAUAAAGUGCGAGACAAUUUACGUAAUACCGCCGCUGCUGAUCCCGCUUCUUUUUCCCUUGCGUGUUUUUCUCUCUUCUUCUUCUUCUCACCUGUACCUCUCUUCGUCUAUUUCGAUCGUUCUAUCUUUUUCGUUGCGCGUGUGAGUUACGCUAAUCAAGCUCUCUUCGUCGCUCCGCUUGCUGAUCACUCUUGAAAAUUCGGUUUCGAGAGAGAAGGACGAAUCGUUCUCGUCGGAGCGGGCGGUCUCACCACCGCUCCCUGAUAUUUUUAGUGCGACGAGAGAGUAUUUGGCGGGGCGCACUGAGUUUCGCCUCGUCGUCGUCGUGAUCUUCGUGAACGUCGUCCGUUCGUCGUCCGUUCUCCCUGACCGUCGUCGUGGUCAUAGUUUAGUGCCUUCCUUCGGCGUGUUCGCGCCUUUCCGUAGUGAUGUACCUGCGUAGAAUAUCGUUUCGUCAACUUCGGUGUCUUCGUUUUCGAUUGCUACUGUCACGGCUUUUCUCUUUGCGCGACUCCGUCGCGGAGCAUGUCGCGCUGAGAUCAUCUCGCAAAAUCGUCUACGACGACCUUGAGCAAUCGCGCGAUUUCUUGAUCUGAAAGAUCAGGUUUUGAUAAGAGAUUUUCACUUUUUUGAGACAAACACAAGCCGCUUCAAAUGUUUAUAUUUACGCCGCGCGACAACAUGUCGACCUCGCGACAAGGUUCGACCUCACGGCGUAAUCGUUACGCGCGCUCGUCCACCACGACGAGCGUGACGCAGAUGCUGAGCGAGUCCUGCUCGAGUCUUCUUCAGAAGCUAGCAACGAGGGUGCGCGGAACAUCCACUCUGAACGAUCGUGGCAACACGGCCGCGAGACGAUCGCCCAAUCUCGGCCGAUUGGGAAACACGCGAAGUCGCUUAGAGGAUAAGUACAGCACGAUCUUGGAUAAAUAUUCAAGCAAACGGCACGGCGACGAUUUGGAACGGGAUAAUCGUAUUUAUUCGAGGAAACAGGAGCGCGAUCAGCACAACUACUGUAAUCGCGAUAACAGUCCGUUUGUGCGCGAUGACAAGACUCUCGAGCCUUCGAUGACUCGCACCGUUAUCAAGAGUCCUACCAGCGUGAUUCUCACCGAAAAAGCUUAUCCUUACGUGACUUCUGCGAUCAGCAAAGAACCUAGACGGGAAAAGACGCCCGCUUAUCGUCGUACCGAUCGACAGAUCUUGCUGCUGAACUCGGAUGCUUAUCGCCGUUACGGCAGACACAAAUCCGGACACGCGGAAACGCGCAAUCGAAAAGUUAAACCGCAUCGAAAUGGCAAGAGCGAGCAGCUGGACACUCACUCGACGUCCCUCAGACUGUCCCGACCGGUAAAGAUCGAGUCGUUAACAUUUACAGACAACGAGGAAGUUGUGACCGACCCGGACAAAACCCCGAUCGCGAACAGCAACGUAAUCGAGAAUCUUCAAAUUGCUCAAAAUGUUCAAAAUGUUCAAAACAACGUCACUCAGCAGAACGCGCACGACGCCGAGGAUGAGGAUCCCGCGAUCACGAACAGAGCGGCUAAACGAAAAGAGAUUCAGAGUCUGAUCCUGAAGUACGCCGCGAUGGAGGAUACGUACAGUCAGCUGGCAGCCGGUGGACAAACGAAUGCCCGUCCCAGCAUGACGGAACUCAUCGCCAGCAAGUACAGAAAGAGCAAUCAUCGUAACAACCAGAACGACAACACGUCGAAGAGGAUGAUAGCCUCUUCGGACGCGAGUGCGAUUAGGGAAUUGAACGCGAUCUGCGGCGCGAUUAGCCCACGACCGCCCUCCGUCGAGGACGACGAUGACGGCCACCUUGUAUACCAAUCCGGCGACAUCCUGGCGAAUCGAUAUAAAGUACUGGCCACCCUAGGAGAGGGUACUUUUGGAAAAGUUGUCAAGGUUAAGGACUUGCAAAUGGAUCAUAUAAUGGCUCUAAAAAUUAUUAAAAAUGUGGAGAAAUACAGAGAGGCGGCGAAGUUGGAAAUAAACGCUCUUGAAAAAAUUGCUGCAAAGGAUCCGGAAGGACAACAUCUAUGCGUGAAGAUGCUCGAUUGGUUCAACUAUCACGGACAUAUGUGUAUUGCAUUUGAAAUGCUCGGUCUGAGUGUUUUCGACUUCUUGAGAGAUAACAGUUACCAACCGUAUCCAUUGGAACAUGUUAGACACAUGGGCUACCAACUUUGCUACGCCGUGAAGUUCUUGCACGACAACAAGCUUACGCACACGGAUCUCAAGCCGGAAAACAUCUUGUUCGUCGAUUCAGAUUACGAAAGCACAUAUAACAGUAAAAAGCGGAGAGACAUGAGACGUGUGAAACGAACCGACAUUAGACUCAUCGACUUCGGUAGCGCAACUUUUGAUCACGAGCAUCAUAGUACAAUUGUUAGCACAAGACACUAUAGAGCGCCCGAAGUGAUCUUAGAACUGGGUUGGUCCCAGCCGUGUGACGUCUGGUCCAUCGGUUGCAUCUUGUUCGAAUUGUAUUUGGGCAUCACAUUAUUUCAAACACAUGACAAUCGUGAGCAUCUAGCGAUGAUGGAGCGUAUACUCGGCUCGAUACCGCAUCGCAUGGCUCGCAAAACCAAAACCAAGUACUUCUACCACGGCCAAUUAGAUUGGGACGACAAGAGUUCGGCCGGUAGAUACGUACGAGAGAAUUGCAAGCCGUUACAUCGUUACAUGCUAUCCGAUGACGAAGAGCAUCGUCAGCUGUUCGAUCUCAUUCAGAGAAUGUUGGAUUACGAACCUUCGCAGCGUAUUACCUUGAAAGAUGCGCUAAUGCAUCCGUUUUUCGAUGCGUUGCCAGCUUCUCAAAGAUUACCUGAUCCACGAGCAGCUGGUGACUCUCAACAGUCUCACGAACGAUCACACUCGCUCUCUCGAUGAAGCUAGGAAAGGGACCGACCUCCGUGCUGGACAGACACUCCACUUUCAACAACAUUACUGCCCUACGUUUUCAUUCUGAUCAGAUUUACCACUUCGUGAUAUGCUUCUUUCAUAGCGAUGAUGAAAUUCAAGUUCUGAUGCUGAAAGAUGAUGCGUUAUAUACGUAUAUAUCAAUUACUGAUCAUCGGAAUUUGUUCCAAUUUCAAAUACCGCACUUCUUCUGGCGGAACUAUAAACAUGAAAGUAGAAAAAGCAGUAGUGCGGUAGUGUCGUGGAACUUGGACUAAUAAUUUUGAGUGCUUUUCAACGAGUGCUUACAAGCGAUCGAGUUAUAUUUCUCUUUAUUACCAAUAAGAUCGUAGCUGAUUAUAUAAAUCUGAUUAUCGAUCGCAAAAACGGCAACGAGGUCCCUGUUACUGGCGUAUAAAUGCCAGUGUGUCUGCUCAGUGUAGUGUAACAGAGUCCCACACACAAAAUUGUAAACAAUUUUUUAAAUGCUAUUCUCUGUACAUUUUGUCUCUUAAAUUUAUUACCAUGUUAUUACUGUCACACAAAAAAAAAAAAGUACGAAGUAAAGAUCACUCUUGGGGUCCGCAGUUUAUAAUAUCUCUGCUUGUUAUAAAUUGAAGACCAUGGACGUGUUCUAGCAGUAAGUAUCAAACUAGUGAUAAAGGAAAGAAAAUAGUUUUACGCGUGAAUCGUGUGUGUCGACUAAAGAUCGAGAGAAAGGACGCGAGCGAAAGAGAAAGGAGUGUGUGAAGUACGAUCAUCAAUUCGACGUUGUGUGAAUUACAUACAGCUCUUAAAAUGUAUAAGAAUAUAUAAUAAUUAUAAAGAAAUGUUUUCACAAGAAUUUUUUUCGUACCACGAAUGGAGAUGUUUCAUUUUUGCAAACAUGGAAUUUGUAAUAUAUUUGGCAAUUUACUUUUUGGCCUAAUAAAGCAAAAUUGUGUCGAUUCCAUAUA